GGGCGGGGGGGGGGGGCACCGGCCACACCCCCGCCAGCGGCCAAUGGCCUGGCUCCCCUGGCGUGCCACGCCCACCAGGUGCGACCGUUCAGAUGGCCUCCGCAAUGGGCACCCCUCCGUUCCUUUUCCCUCUCUCCCCCUCUGAUUACACGUAGUUCACUAAUUGAACUACGUGUAAUAGCCCCACCGAGCGAUGCCCCCAAAUGCGUGACAGUCAGCUGUCCUUACACGUGCGUAUCGCAGCCUGUCAGCGCAUCUGUUAGUGCGUGCGUUGGUAACAUCUCCCCGCCCGUCCGUCCGGCGGCGGCUGUGCCAGGGGUGCGGUGACGUCACGGCCGGGCCCUGGAGUGACCCUCUGACCCGGUCCGGCCCGGCCCGCGGGACAGUUGUGUGAGAGACGCGUCCGUGGUAAGUGGUGCGGGGGAGCAGUGUGAACGACCAGCCGACCGAGCAGCGCCGACAUGCCGUGCGACUUCAGACUCGGCCUGUCGACGAUUGAAGAGCUGCAGAAAGCGCGAGAAGAUGACAUCAAAAAGGCCGAAAGCCAAAAGGACGCUGUUGUGCGCCUUCGGAACCCGCACGUGGCCAACAUGAAGUCGGACAUCCUGUACCACCUGGCGCUGGGCUCCGGCUCGCACGACCUCGAGGCCAUGUUCGGAGAUGUCAAGUACGUGUGUAUGGGCGGCACGCCGCGCCGCAUGGAGCAGUUUGCCCGCUUCCUGAUGGACGAGAUCGGGUACGAGCUGCCGACGGGCGCGCAGCUGAGCGACAUCUCGCAGCUCUCCUACCGCUACAGCAUGUACAAAGUCGGCCCCGUGCUCUCCGUCAGCCACGGCAUGGGUAUUCCCAGCGUGGGGAUCCUGCUGCACGAGAUGAUCAAGCUGAUGUACCACGCCAAGGUGAAGGACCCGACGUUUUUCCGCCUGGGCACGUGCGGCGGCAUCGGCAUCCCCGGCGGCAACCUGGUCAUCAGCGAGAGCGCCGUCGACGGCAUGAUGAACCCCUACCUGGAGCUGCCUGUACUGGGUAAGCUGCUGCGCCGACCGGCCGUGCUGGACAGGCAGCUAGCCGAGGACCUGAAGGCGCUGCACAUGCCGGACGACAAGUGGGACACCUACAUCGGCCGCACCAUGUGCACCACAGACUUCUACGAAGGUCAGGGCCGGCUGGACGGCGCCUUCUGCGACUACACCGAGCAGGACAAGCUGAACUUCCUGAAGAAGAUCCACGCUGAGGGCAUCAUCAACAUGGAGAUGGAGUCGCUGAUGUUCGCCGCGCUGUGCCACCACGCCGGCAUCCGCGGCGCCGUCGUCUGUGUCACUCUGCUGGACCGGCUCAAGGGCGACCAGGUGGACACUGACCAGCGCACGAUGCACGAGUGGCAGGAGUACCCGCAGCGGCUGGUGUCGCGCUAUAUCCGCCGCCAGCUGGAGCAGCACCAGGAGCCCGGCACGCCCGGCUUCCAGGCGGCGCACAACACACUCAGCCCCUGCGAGCCGGGCGUCAUCCGCUCGCUGUCGCAGCUCAACCUCACCCGCCAGACCUCCGAGCAGGUCAACAGCUCAGAGUAGGUGGCGCUCGCGUCGCGCCGUCCCAGGUGGCAGCACCAGUCGCCGCUUUAUCAGAGUUCUCAGUGUGGGGCGAUCGGCUGCCUUGGUGUUAGAUGCCAGCUUCUUAUUUGAUUCGUGGGUGAGUUUUGAUAGUGUUGAGCAACAUCAAAGAACAUUGAAAGAACAAGAUGUUCUUCCAAAGUUAAAACUUCCAGCAAGAUGGACGGUGAAGGUUUAGGCACUGAGUGUUUGCAUGUGAUAUGCAAUCAAGAGCGUAAUCAGAUGCAACUGGCAAGUCCCGUGUUCGAAGUGUAGGUUCGCAGGUGCAGUUUUACUGUACAUGAGCCAGGGGCUUUGAUAGUAAUCAGCUUCAUUCCCUCGAUAUGUCCUAUUUAUGUUGUAGAAUAUGGGGUUUAGCUUCACGUGCUCGCAUAUCGACGUAAGACGCGCUUUCAUUGUUUCUAAGUGCAUUCUUUUAAGUGUCACCGUUGCAUUCCUUCGAGGGCAAUAGCCACUGGCUGUAUACGUACCGGGUAAGACGCGUAUCGCCGUCGUUUCGUUAUUCCUGAACUGUUUGUGAGCGUGUGAGAGAAUAAAGUUAUUAGUGUAAAAUAAAGUACUGCAUACA